AUGGCCAACAGCGAGUAUGAGUACGUGAAGAGGGAGUUCGAGUUUGAUCGCUGCCUCCCGCCCUCUAACUGGAUCGUUGUCCGCAUCGACGGCUGCCACUUCCACAGGUUCUCCAAGAUUCACGCCUUUGAGAAACCGAACGAUGAGAACGCUCUAAGAUUAAUGAAUGCUUGUGCCACUGCUGUGCUUGAGAAAUUCCCUGACAUAGUCUUUGCUUAUGGUGUUAGUGAUGAGUACAGUUUCAUUUUUAGAGAGGAAACAGAGUUCUAUCACCGGCGAGAAAGCAAAAUUCUCUCUUUAUGUGUUUCCUACUUCACUUCUGUGUACGUAAUGAAGUGGAAAGACUUAUUUCCCAACAAAGAGCUGAAGGAGCCACCAUAUUUUGAUGCUCGAGCUGUAUGUUACCCAAAUUUGAAGACUAUUCGUGAUUAUUUGGCUUGGAGACAAGUGGACUGUCAUAUAAAUAAUCAGUACAAUACCUGCUUCUGGAUGUUGGUGAAGUCUGGAAAAAGUGAACAAGAGGCUCAGCUAGCUUUGAAGGUAGAAACAACUGUGAAGAUUGAUGACUAUGGGGAACCCAUAAAAAGACCAAGAUUGCAAGUUACAGUGGCGCAUGUUGAUAUCAUAGGGCCUGAGUUUUGGGAAAACCAUCAACACAUUUUUCGAGAAGGAAAAAUUUUGCAUUGGUUUGUAAAGAAAUCUGGCAUCAAUCACAUCUUUUGUCCUUGUAAUUGGAUCGUUGUUCGCAUCAAUGCUUGCCAAUUUGAUCAAUUCUCAACAAUUCAUUCAUUUGACAAGCCAAAUGAUGAGACUGCACUAAGGCUGAUGAAUGAAUCUGCAUCUUUGAUGAUGGAGCAAUACCCUGACAUCGUAUUUGCCUAUGGUUUUAGCAAUGAGUAUAGUUUUGUGUUCCAUGAGAAGAGUGAGCUAUAUCAGAGACAGGAAAGCCUAAUCCUUUCAUCAUGUUCUUCAUAUUUCACUUCUCUUUACAUGAUGAAAUGGCAAGAGUUCUUCCCCCAGAAAGAAUUAAUGCAGACACCACGUUUUGAGGCAGAAGCUCUAUGUCAUCCAAAACUGAAGAUCGUAUGUGAAUACUUGUCAUGGAGGCAAGCAGAGUGUCAUGCUGGCAACCAAUACAAUACAUGCUUUUGGAUGCUAGUUAAAUCUGGAAAAAGCGAAAAAGAAGCCCAUGAGAUAUUGAAGGGAACAUUGUCUAAAGAUAAAAAUGAGUUGCUUUUUCAGCAAUUCCAAAUGAACUAUAACAAUGAACCUGCUAUGUUCCGAAAGGGUUCAUGUAUUUAUCGGCAAAAGGAGAGGAACCAUCGGGUAUUCGAAAACACUCAGCUCAGGCCGACGCAGUUAGCUGAACUCAUCCUUCAGGAGGCCAACGAUUGGUUAGCAGCGGGAAAGUUUGCUGCUUGUGUGGUUUUGAUGCAUUAUGAACUGCGGUCGUGGUCUCAGUGGACUCCCGAGAAGAGGAAGUGGUUGAGAUAUGGGCAACUCUUGCAGUGGAUUCCCAAGCAAAGGAACUGGCGCCUGAAAGUGACCCCAAUGCAUAAAAAAUCUGGUACUAAAAUUCCAUAUGUAGCUCUUAGUCUUACUCUAAGCCGAAGCAGCUUGAAGCCAGGUUACGUCAUGCAUGCUGUAUUCGAGCUAUCUAUAUACAAUCACUCAAUUGGGUCAUAUUGUGGAUGCAAAGCUAGGUACAACUUCGAUGUCAAGAAGUUUCAUUCGAAGAAGAAAUGCCUGAUUACUGUUGAAGAACUACUGAAAUCAGCUGAUUUUCUGAUCGAUGAUAGCUGUGUCUUUGGUGUGAGGAUAUUACAAGCAGAUGUCUCUCCUAAAAACAGCCUUGCUGUGGCUCCAGAUAAUACUAUCACAAUUUGGGAACUGUUUCUGCAGAAGAAGGAAUUCAUCAAAGGAAAUUACACCUGGAACGUGAACAACUUCCUUGCCUUGAAGGACUCAGUCCUUUCUCCCGCAUUUGAAGCCAGUGGGCACAAAUGGCACAUCCGGAUGCAUCCACUCGGUAACCAAUACAGCACAGAUUCACUUUCCAUGUACCUGGUAAUGCAUGACCCGGCUAAGCUUUCUCAUGAGUCCGGGAAGAUGUUUGAAGUGACCCUGUCCAUCCUGAACCAAGAGCAGGGACAACACUACAGCCGUGCAGGUCGCUUUGUAUUCAAUGGAAAUCUUGGAUGGGGAUGGGCAGACUUCAUUCCACUCAAGAUACUGAAGGACCCUUCCAAAGGCUACCUCGUGGGAUCAAAGUUGAGUGUGAAGGCGGACAUCAUUUGCAUUGGGUCAUCCAACGAUGUUCAGACACCACUUGUUGCAUCUCUCUUGAAGGACGAGAAGUAA